AUGGUUAAACCUGUAGAACUAAUAGAUAUAGGCGGGAAAAAAGUGUCUAAAACAUCAACAGGUAAGAGAAAAUUCCACAAUAAGUCUAAGUUUGGCUGUGAUAACUGUAAAAGACGUAGAGUGAAAUGUGACGAAACCAAACCAGGAUGUAAAAAAUGUCAAAAUAUGGGGUUAACUUGUGUUUAUUCUCCACCACAACCAAGAAAAAAGAGAAAACGUACCAUAAAGACUCCAUCCACUACGGAUAAUACUUCUACCCCUGAGACUAGACCAUUAUGUAAUCCUACUGGUAUUAAAUCAGAAACACAACUUCAUCAACCAAUACUUGAUUCAAACCAUACAAUACCUACCACCAUCACCAGUACUACUACCACUGCUGCUGUUGCCAACACAACCACCCCUGCAACUGCUACACUGCCUUCACAAAAAGAAAUAAAUAGUUUAUCUGAUCCAUCUGCAACAGAUUAUAUGAAAAAACUGCAGCAGUUACAAUUUCUUCAACAACAACAAGCAAUACUACUGUCUCAAAUAAAUUCUUCUAUGAUGAAUAAAAAAGAAAAUACCCCUGAGCCUCAAAAUUUACCCAAAACUACUAUUACUAACAAUAACAAUAAUAACUUCAACAUACCCUCUGUUCAAGAAGGUAUUUUAUUACCACCACUUGUUGCCAACAGCCCGGUUAUACCUAACCUAGAAACGCACAUCACUUCAUCAAUCGAUAAAAUGUCAUCAAAUCCAACUAACAUGAACAGCAAUAAUAAUAUUUGGUCCAAUACGUCAUUAAGUUUAACUCCAAAGCCCAGUGAUCAAUCUUUAGGAAUACCAAUGCCUGGGGGGUUGAAUAACAGUUUUUCACCAAAUAAAUUUAAUUCUAAUUCUAUGAAUACAUUGACACCAUCGACAAAUAAUAUUUACAAAUCAUUGAAUAGUCUUCCUAAUGUAUUACCUGUGACUGGUUCGUCAAAUAAUGGCAAUAAUAAUACCAGCAACAAUCUCAACAAUCAUACUAUGCCUUUAAAUAAUAUAAAUAUAGUGUCUGGAUAUGAACAAAAUUAUUUUAAUGCUGAAUUACAAAAUUUAGCUAAUUCCAAAAAUAUCAAUAAUAUCUCCUCAACACUGAUGAGUUUUUUUAGUGGGAAUAAUAAUGUACUUCUAAAUGGUAAUGUUGAUUUACUAACGUUUGGUAAGAACAAUAACAGACCAAAUAACAACAAUAAUAAUAGGUCUUUAAAGGCUAAUAAUGCAGAGGUGGCAUUGGCUAACAUGCAACAGCAACAGGAGGAACAACACCAAAUUACAUCGAGAAAUAAUGAGAGUAAUACUAAUAAAGAAAGCCAUAAUAGUAAAGUUUCGCCUAGUAUAGAAGGGAAUCGUAUAAAUCCAAUUAAAAACAUAUUAGAUGAAACCACUUUAUCAAAUGUAUCAAACCCAUCCACUGAAAAAAAUAACAUUCCUUCUAGUAUUAAUACCAAUAAUAAAAAUGAUGAUAUAAAUUCGAAAUUGAGAGAUUCUCAAAUUGAUUAUUCCAUAAGUAACAGUAGCAGUACACAUAGCAUCAAUAGCAACGAAUUACAAAUUACUAAAUCUAAUAGUCCUAUGAACUCAUCGUCUGGAGAGCAGAGCCCCUCAUCUCUGAAUACUAUAUCCAAAUUAAUUGAACUAUCAACGAUUGCAAAAUUAAAUUUAGUGGAUAUUAAACUGUUUCAUCAUUAUUGUACCAUAGUAUGGAAAACAAUUACUGCUGCUGGGAUAUCUGGACCGGAGGUUUGGGAAACAUAUAUUCCAAAUCUAGCAUUUGACUAUCCAUUCCUUAUGCAUACUAUUUUAGCAUUUAGUGCCUCUCAUUUAUCAAGAACUGAAACAGGUUUAGAACAGUAUGUCUCGUCUCAUAGACUAGAAGCUUUAAAAUUAUUAAGAGAAGCUGUUCUGGAAAUAUCAGAAGAAAAUACUGAUGCACUGGUUGCAUCAUCUCUAAUUCUUAUAAUGGAUUCAUUAGCAAAUGCUUCCAAUACCACGACAUCAAGUGACUCUAAUACAUCUGCAUGGAUUUUUCAUGUCAAAGGUGCUGUUACUAUUCUAACUGCAGUAUGGCCAUUAGCAGAAUCUUCUAAAUUCUAUAACUUGAUUUCAGUAAAUUUAAGUGAUCUAAGUGACGUCUUAAGCCAGGAAAAUAGAACUAUUUCUGAGUUAGUUUGUUUUGAUGAAAGCAUAUCUGAUCUUUACCCUGUAGAGAUAGAUUCGCCAUAUUUAAUAACUCUGGCAUAUUUAGAUCAAUUGCAUCGCGAAAAGAACCAGUUGGACUUUCUUUUAAGAGUCUUUGCUUUCCCUGCUUUAUUAGAUAGAACAUUUUUAGCACUUCUUAUGACUGGUGAUAUUGAUGCGAUGAGAAUUAUGAGAUCUUACUACAAGAUGUUGCAUGGGUUUACAACCGAAGUUAAAGAUCGUGUAUGGUUCUUAGAAGGUGUGUCUCAGGUGUUGCCACAAGAUGUUGACGAAUACAGUGGAGGUGGUGGUAUGCAUAUGAUGCUUGAUUUCUUAGGAGGUGGUUUACCCUCAAUGACAACCACAAAUUUAUCUGAAUUUAUGUAA